AUGUCGAACUCGGACAGCGACGACGAGCCUAUCACGCUCUCCUCUCACGCCCUCGCGGCGCUGGCCGAGUUCAACGCCGAGAGGGACGCCCGUCAGGCAAAGUUUGAGAAGCUCAAGGCACAGUGCGAGGCCAACGCCGCCGGCGGACUGCCGCUGUCUAUGGAGGCUUUCACCGAAGACUGGAAUGAGUCGCAGUUUUGGUACAACGAUGAGACGGCAAGGUUGCUGGCUGGACACCUCCUUGAGGGCGCCGACGAAAACACUACCAUCGGCAUCGUGUCUGCACCGAGUGUCUUCAUCGCUCUGCGAAACCUGAUGAAUGAACGAGACUCGAGCCUGGGACGGCCCAAGGUCGCGCUGUUGGAGCACGACACGCGCUUCAACGUCUUCCCCGAGUUCGUUUUUUACGACUUCCAGACGCCAUUCAAACUUCCAGCCGAGCUCAAGGGCAACGUUGACCGUGUCAUCUGCGACCCGCCAUUCCUCAGCGAGGACUGCCAGACCAAGACUGCCAUGACGGUCCGGUGGUUGAUGAAGCCCGACGCCAUCAACUCCAAGAGCCGCGUCAUCGUCGUUACCGGCGAGAGGAUGGCAACCAUCGUAAACAAGGUGUACAAGGCCCUUGGCGUCCGCACUGUAACCUACGCGCCGACGCAUGCCCGCGGCCUGAGCAACGAGUUCUACUGCUACGCCAACUUUGAGUGCAAGGACUGGACCUGGCGGUAG